AUGGCCGACGACUAUUGUACAGAUCAGUUCAAAGCUACACAAUUGGUAAAUUCUCUUUUCACAGUCGUUCAAAAGUUUCAAAAAUUGUUUUCAGUUCGACGAAAUAACAUGGCACUUACGAGCACACUUGCCAGUAAAAACGAACAGAAAAGAUAUAGUACUGACGGCGGAGCAAAGCUUCUUUGGCAAAGAGGCUCUUGAGUUUUUGAUUGCCGAAAUGCCGCGCAUUGUGCCGGAAAAAGUGCCAACAAAGUAAGUUUUCUCUACCUCUCUAAAUGUUAAUUCUGAUUUGCAGAGAAAACAUGGAGAAGUUUCUUGAUAUGAUGCUCGAAUGGAAAGUGAUUGCAGAAGCGUUUCCGAAAAAACCUCCGAGGAAGCGAGCAUUCAACGAGACUAGGCUAUACAAAUUCGCCAAAACUCUUGAUGAGCUGAAGAAGCCGAAGCCACGCUCCCGAAGAUCGGCCUCAUUCAGUGGCGCCAGGAAAAGCGCAAAGUGAGCCUGAAAAGUUUGUCAUUGUUCAUUUUUCCACGAAAUCUACAGAGUUGCCCGCCCGAUGUCCCCAGCAGCUACUAUGCACAGAAUGCCAAAGAGUUCAAUGAAUAGACGGUUGUCCAGAUCAAAUGGAAAUGUGGAUAAAGCUGGAGUUGAGCCGAAUCCGGAUCCACGUGGCGUUGAGAAUCACGGCUUCGAAGACCGGAAGGAAGAUCCGCCGCCACCACCACCAGUUCGCCAGAGAGCCCCGAAAAUUCUGAACAGAUCCCUGGAGAGCAUUUGUGUCGAUAAUGAGCCAGAAGAAAUGUCAACAAAAGAGAAAGUGUACGACUGGCUGCCUUUUUUCAAGUCAAAACGAGCUGCGCAUAAGUCUCAUCAGCCGACAAGAAGAUCGGUUUCUCUCGACCGAAAUCAUUGUGUUGUGCAGCAAGAAGCGCAAGCGCUAGCUCAAGCUCAAGCUAAAGCACAACUGCAGAGCCAAGGUCUCAAGAAAGUUAACACACCGCCCACCCGAGAAGCUUCCACCGAAGUGUUCUUACAUCCAAAAGGACCGUUGCAACCUGAAGUUCCCUUGAGACAAUAUCAAAAUCACAGGAACAGCCUUGUCGCGCCGUCAAUUCUUUUAGCCAGGGGAAGAAUGUACGAAUCGAUUAUGAGACGAUCCUCAGUCGCACCGAUAGAAGAGCGAACCGUGCACAAAAAUGCUGAUGUUUGGAAGAAUGAAUUGCUGGUACAACUGGGAAAACAUUUCGAUACACCACUGCCUCUAGAAUGGACGGCCAAGUUGGAUAGCAAUGAAAUUGCGUGGAAUUCACAAGAGAUUGACCCGAAAGACGGACUGGUCAGGUCAAAAUGGACUGGGUCACAACAAGAAUAUCCGCCCAACAUCAUUCAAUUCAUGGACUAUUUGGGACGAUAUCCGUUUGCAAUGCCCAAGAAGAAUUCAUUCGUACAGGAGCCAAAUGUGAUUGGAAUGUUCUCGACUCUAGUCAACCGGCUUGAAGAUUUGCACGCUCCCCUUUAUCCCGAUGAAUGCGUUUUGCUUGUCGAACUAUUGAGCAAAGUGGACAGAUUCGCAGUGAUGCUGGGAUCGGGAGCAGUGAGACGAUGGUCACGUGUGAUGUCAUACGAUUCGGCAUCGAGCAUUGAGGAGGCUGGACUCAUGGCCGACGGAUUCGCGCGGGAGUUGCCACAGUGCGCAGCGCGGGCCUCGAAGCAUCGGAGACGCGCUCUCUCGCCGUACAAUGACAGAAUUAGCAUUUCUAUUCAAGGUAACCGCAAUAGAGCGUUCAAAAUAACUAUGUGCGUUUUAGACGAAAAAGUAUACAAGAUCCGAGAGCCGUGGCUAAUCGAGGCCAUUCAGCUGAUUCUGAUUUCUCUUCCAACAGCUCGUCGCCGCAAGUUGCACAAGUUCAUGCAGUUUAUCAAAUCAGUCGCUACGAAUGAAGUGUUCGACAUUGCUGACCCGUCGAACGGAUCUUCCACAAAUAGAGAAGCAGUCAGUCUUUCCUAUUUUUCUUGUCUAUAGUCCGUUUCUCAUUUCAGGCGAUAAUCGGCCUCUGGACAGGAGUAUGCGGUGGAUUCCGAAAGAAUGCCGGAUUGUGUAUUACAGCCGUGCUGUUAGCCAAUCACCGGUCGUUAUUCGCUGUGCCGUUCGAGCUCUCCGAACGAGUUCAUUAUCUUGAGCAGCGAGUGGAAGACCGAUCGAGGUACGAAAAGGCCAGUCGUGGACGAAGAGGUCGCCAACAAGUGAUGCCGGAAGUCUCCGAAAUUCCGGUAAUUCCAAAGAGAAACGAGAAGGAAAAAAAGGGACUGUUCACGAGAUUGCUCCGAAAGUAA